GUAAUAGCCAGUGAUGCACUAACCAAAGGUCUCUCUAUUAAAUAUUGUCAUCACACUUGAAGAACAACACUUGUUGGAAUUGGAUUGUCGUGUCAAGCACGACAGACAUGGGGAAGAUGGGGAAAGCUUUACUUUUCCUUUUCGCCUUCAUUCCUUCAUCUUACUGUAACUCCUUACCUGUCAUUAAUAUGGCGAUGGUACAAGUGAGUGAAGAUAUCGAAAUAGACGAAGUUGCAUUUCAAAUCGACGCGUACGAUGUCGAUAAUGAUACUUUAACAUAUAAAAUCCAGGGACAAAAUGCUUAUUAUUUUAAAGCCAACAAACAGACUGGUGAAGUCACAAUCGGUACCAAACUGGAUAGAGAGACAAAUGACCUCUUUCAAAUAGAGGUUGUUGUGAAUGAUGGUGUUUAUGCAGAUGUGACAAAAACGGUUUAUAUUGCGGUCUUAGAUGCUAAUGACAACAAACCGUUAUUUGAAAAUCUUCCAUACAACAGAGACAUUCCAGAGAAUACACCUGUGGGCACUACAAUAUUUACAGCAACCGCCACAGAUAUUGAUUCAGGCCGAGCUGCUAUUGUGUCCUACAAAAUUGAUGAAGUUGUACCAAAUGACGGACUUCAACUGUUUGAAAUCUCUGAGACCAAUGGAAAUGUUGUACUUAAGGGACCUUUAAACUUUAAUGAGAAAAGCCCUUUCUAUCAGAUAAAAGUCAACGCAACUGAUGGUGGUGGGCCGUUGAAUAACGUAGAAACGGUUCAGUCAUCCACAACAAUUGCAUUAAUCGCAGUUAAAGAUGUGCCAGACAUUGACCCACAGUUUCUGAAUUUACCAAACUAUGUCACAAUUGAUGAGAAUUCACCCACGGGUACGCUUGUCUUUACUGUGAGAGCCAGAGAUCCGGAUACAGGAAUCAACGACCCAAUCGUCUACAGCAUCGAAAGUCCUAAUGCACAAGACCUUUUCCAAAUCGAAGAGAGUGAUGGUAAAAUUACUGUUAAGACCGUGUUUGAUCGAGAGGCUUUGCUGGAUAUUUCUGCUGUUGUAGAAUUGAAUAUAAAGGCAAGGGAAACAAACCCUAAUGUGAAUGGAGUCAUUGCCAGCACAGUACAAACACUACAGAUUUCUAUUACAGAUGUGAAUGACAACGGGCCAAAUUUUUAUGAGUGUGAAGGUGAUAUCUGUACACAGAAAAACAGUUUCACGGGUGUAGUUGAUGAACAUUCAUCUGUAGGUGUGGCUGUAGCUCGUCUGAAUAUUAGAGUCAAAGAUCCAGACCAGGGUGAAAACAGUACGUUCGAGCUCAAGCUUGAUGGUCCAGAUAAGGAUGCAUUCUCUGUGUCUCCCAGCUCUGGUCUGGCAGACAGUAUUGUACAAGUGAUGAUAAAAAAUUCAGAAGCUGUUGAUUUUGAGAAGAAAAAAACAAUGACUGUGCAGAUUAUUGCUAAAGAUGCCAAUGCAGACUUCACCUCGACAGCCUCUGUCACUAUUAACAUCAAUGAUGUAAAUGACAACUACCCUGAAUUUGAGAAGGAAAAUUACGAGUUCUCUAUUGAUGAACACUGUAAAGACGGUACUAUAAUAGCUACCAUUACAGCAACAGAUGAAGAUGCCUUGGAUGAUGGCAAGAUAACUUACAAACUGGUGCCGAUCAGCAUGCUGAAGUACUUUGACGUCUUCCCAAAUAAUGGAACUAUCUAUGUAAAAGAUGGAAAGCUUCUUGAUCGGGAAAUCACCAGUUCCUACACACCAACUCUACAGGCCAUUGAUUCAGAAGGCAAGACCGGUACCACUGUUGUGGAAAUCAACCUUCGAGACAUUAAUGAUCAGACACCAGUAAUGAACAGAGAAAAAUAUGAAACUUUUGUACAAGAAAACGACAAUUUAGAGAUUGAAAUUCAGGCUCGAGAUGGAGAUGAACCAGAAACACCAAACAGCAAAAUCCAAUAUCACAUUAAAGACGGAUCUUUCAGUAGCAACUUUACCAUCGACCUGGACAGCGGCUUGCUUCUGAACAAAGGUUUAUUGGACCGUGAGGCCAUCGACCCUAAGCUGAAGGGUGUGAUUGAGUUGACGGUGAUCGCUUCAGACAUGGGCAUGCCAUCCCUGUCCUCAUCAGCCACGGUUAUCAUCAACAUUGCGGAUGUCAAUGACAAUUCUCCAAAAUAUCUGAAUGAUGAUUAUAUCUUUCAUGUAAAAGAAAAUGAAGGAGGUAUAUUAGUUGGCUCGGUCUUGGCUCACGAUGCUGACCAAACAGAACUAUAUAACCGUAUCACCUUCAGCAUUGAAAAUACUUUCGGAAGGUUCCUUAUAAUUUCCGAGCCCUCCGAUGAAGGUUACCAGGGCAAUAUAAAAGUGGAUCCUGUCCUUGUGCUGGACUAUGAAAGUGAAUUCAAGACCUACACUCUUACUAUUGAGGCGUCAGACUUGGGUCAAAAUAAAGCUGUGACCACAGUACAAGUGGUGGUGGAGGAUGUGAACGACACGCCGCCUGAGUUUCCAGCUGAUAUGAUGCUGCGUGUUAAAGAGAACACAACCGUGUCAGCACCUUUGGGCGCAAUUGUAGGCACAGAUGUGGACACCAAGCACUUUCUUGAAUAUGCACUUGUUUCAGCUGAAUGUCAAUGCGGUGGCAUCAGAAAGUCGUGUCCAGAUGAAUGGUUCAAAGUUGAGACUAAUGGAGAUGUGGUAGUUAAUUAUGCUUCCCCAUCAGCGAUUGACUAUGAGAAAUGUGAUCAGGCGUUCUUGACAGCCAAGGUUGUAGAUAUUAAAACUGAAAAAGGGCCAGACAGCACUGAAGGGAUUGUGACUAUUACUAUUGAGGAUAUCAAUGACAAUGCCCCAGAGUUCUUUACAGUGCAGGAUUUCUAUGUUGUAUUACUUGAAAGAGUUGAUAAAGGCUCAGCUGUCGCCAAAGUUUAUGCCGAAGACAGAGACACAGGGGAGAACAAAAAAACAGAGUUUACUGUUGUUAAUGUUACAUUUAUCAGUAGUGAAGGGAAUGUCCCUCAAGAUUUGAUUUUCUACACUGACACUGAAGCUCAACAAGAUGCUGAAGGAAAGUUCUCCGCAGAUAUACGCUCACUGAAAAAGAUGAACACUGCUCAGAAAGGCAAGUUCAUUGUGAAAGUUGAGGCCUGUAACCCUGAUCUUCUCUGUUCCACUUCUGUGCUUGAGCUUCUCACUGUUGACUCAUCCUACAAAGUGAGUCUCAGAUUUAAGUCACCCGUGUCUGUAGUGAAUGAGAAUUUGCCACGUAUCAGAGAGAUUCUGACAUCUGCUACAAAAGCAUCAGUUCACAUCUUUAAUGUGAUACUGGAGGAAAAAACUCAACGUGCUGGUGAAGACGUGACUGUUCUGGAGGCGUAUUUUGUGUUCCCCAACGGUUCAGCUCUUGACUACGCUGAUGUGAACCGAAUUUUGAAUUCAGAGGAGGUUUAUAUGGAGUACGGAAUCGUUUUGGUUCAGUUAGGAUUCACCGGCAUCUCAACAACCACUGAUGGUGGGACAAAAAUGAAGACUGAAGUCUUCAUCAUGAUUGGAGUGGUGGCAGCUCUGGGGAUCAUUGCGAUCGUGACAACCACCUCUCUAGUGUGCAUCAGAAGAAACUACAAGAGGAAACUCAAAGCUUCCAAAGCAAUGAACUCAGCAGCAACAGUGGUGAUAGAGAAUCAGAAGUCCGGACCUGUGGUGCCUGGAACCAACAAAUACACCAGCGAUGGAGCAAACCCAGUGCUGAAUAUGAAUUUUAACACAGUCGCAGACCUUGGCUUUGAUGAGGACGGAUCCAGUAUAGAUAAAGAGAGCCUUAAUUCCCUGGACUACAACAUUGAUAUGAACAUGACAGAGAAUGAUUCAAUGCCAAUGAUGAUGAUUGAGGAAGAAGAUGAGGAGGAUGAUAGAUCUGCCUCACCAUACAUUGAGCCUCUGGGUGCUGCAUUGGCCCAGCGUGAGAAAAAGAGAGAAAACGAGAGUCCCAAUUUUGCUUUUGAUAAUCCCGCUAUGAGCACCACUGACCUCUAACAUCCAAACCCUGUCCGCCACUUAUCUUUUAUCUUUUUAAUACCCAGCCCUGCCAUAAAAGAAAAGAGUUUUCGUGCUCAGCCUAAGCUUGAUGUAUCAAUCUUGCACAUCAAAUUUAUAACUUUUGUGAAAAGUUAUAAUACAACUCUAAUGUUUUUUCUUUAUUUAUUUUUUUCUUUUUCUUUAAAACUCUAAUACUUCUACUUUUAAAAAAGAAUUAACUUUUGGAGGGUUCAAUAAGUGAUACUGAAUCCUUCCUCGCAUCCCAUUCCUCGCAUCCCAGCAGGCAUAUGACCGACCUUCAAUGUUGAAAUAUGGUUGAAAUAAUGUCAGUUCUUGUUAUUUAACGUUGAAACAAUGUUAUUACAACAGUUAAUGCUAAAUGGUUGCAAAAGGUUAAUAAAAUGCUUAAAAAUCAAAGUUGAAAUUUGGUUGAAAUAAUGUUGUUGUUUGUUUACGUUGAAUCAACCUUGUCCUUGGCGUUGAUUCAACGGUUAAUCAACGUUGAAAUGCCAGCUGGGAUGUUUUGCUAUAGAGAAAAAUGGAACUCGCUUUGCACUUUUUAAAAAUUUCUUAUAAUAUUUUAUGUAUGUGAACAAAGUGAAUGAAUGUUAAAAUCAAACAUACAACAUCAAGAAAUCAAAUUUACAGAAUGACUACCUGUGAACCCUGCCAAAUGUUACCUGGCACUUGCCUGCUAAAGUCUGAGUGAAAGCAAGCAAAUAUAAAUCUCAGAUCCUACGAAGUCGGUUUGGUGACCAGGGUGUACAUAGCCGAAACUGUUUAUAUACGAUAUAUUGUUGAUAAUAUGAUGUUGAUGUGCUGAAUACAAUCACUUGCGAAAACAUUAUUCUAAUUUUGCUACAUUCUUGAAAUAAAGUUGACUGUUUUGGCAACGUUA